CCGGAGAGCGGCUCCGAGAGGCACCGGCGUGCGGGGCCCUGGGGAGGCUGAGCCCGCGGCGCGGCGGCCUCUACGGCGUGUGCCGGGCUGCAGCAGGGGAGGACGGUCCCAGCCGCGGCCCUGGUCACUGGACAAAAUGGGGAAUGGGUCAGUGAAACCCAAGCAUCUGAGGCGGCCAGAUAGGCACAUAGCAAACCUCUCUAUUGGCUGUGCUGGCAACCGUAAGUUUUUGAAGUACCAAGAUCUAGGCAUCAACGUGAUCAGUGAGCAAGCUGAUGUUCUUUGCAGCAGGGUGCUUGAACUGGAAAAGGAGCUGAAGAGAAAAGAUGAAGAGCUGCAAGAGAGUCAAAGCUUUGUUGCUGAGCUUCAGAAACAGCUGGCGGUGCAGACUAAGGUCAUAGCAGAACUCACCAAGGAGCUUCAGAGCAAGUGCAUACAGCUGAACAAGCUGCAAGAUGUUGUUAGCACUCAGGGGGAGCACCCUCUGCAGCCUUCUCUGUCUAAAGUGGCUUCAGGGGUUCAAGUCUCUACUGACAGGAGGAGGGGAGCCAAGGAAGGUGUGUCUGCAGAGCCCACAACACAGCUCUAUGAUCUGACCAGGCAAGCUGCAUUUUCCUUUGAAAAGGCAAGAGUCCGGAAGGAUUCCAGUGAGAAGAAGCUUAUCACAGAUGCCCUGAAUAAAAAUCAGUUCUUGAAGAGACUGGAGCCUCACCAGAUCCGAGACAUGGUGGAAUGCAUGUAUGAAAGGACUUUCCAGCAAGGGAGCUAUGUCAUCAGGCAGGGAGAGCCAGGCAAUCACAUUUUUGUGCUCAAAGAGGGCAAUCUGGAAGUCUUUCAGCAGAACAAGCUCCUCUCCUCAAUACCUGAGUGGACAGCAUUUGGUGAAUUAGCCAUUUUGUACAACUGCACCCGGACAGCUUCUGUGAAAGCUAUCACUGAUGUUAAAACAUGGGCACUGGACAGGGAAGUGUUCCAGAAUAUCAUGAGAGUGACAGCACAAACGAGGCAGGAGCAAUACAGAAACUUCCUCAGAAGUGUAUCCCUGCUGAAAAACCUACCUGAAGAUAAAUUAACCAAGAUCAUGGACUGCCUAGAGGUGGAAUACUAUGACAAAGGAGAUUAUGUUAUUCGAGAAGGAGAAGAAGGAAACACUUUCUUUAUAAUAGCUAAAGGAAAGGUGAUAGUUACCCAGAGCACUGCAGAUCACUCACAGCCUCAGCUGAUUAAGAAUCUACAUAAAGGAGAUUACUUUGGGGAAAAGGCUCUCAUUAGUGAUGAUGUCAGAUCAGCAAAUGUUAUUGCAGAUGAAUACAACGUGGAGUGCCUCGUUAUAGACAGAGAGACAUUUAAUCAAACUGUUGGAACCUAUGAGGAGCUCCAAACUUACCUUGAAGGCUAUGUGGCUGACCUGGCCCAGGCUGAUGAAAAGCGACAUGCAAAAGGAAGAUCCUUCUGUGAACAGUUGACCAAAGAAGUGUCUUUGGAGCUGAUAGAGCUGAAGGAAAAAGUAGCCCACUUCCCUCCUUCCCCAUUCCAGAAUUUGGAAGUUGUCACAACUCUGGGCGUUGGUGGGUUUGGAAGGGUUGAGCUCGUUAAAAUGAAAAAUGAGAAUGUGGCUUUUGCUAUGAAGUGUAUCAAGAAGCAGCACAUAGUGGACACCAAACAGCAGGAGCACAUCUAUUCUGAGAAGAAAAUCCUCGAGCAGAUCUGUUCUCCAUUCAUUGUGAAGUUGUAUCGCACCUUCAAAGACAGCAAGUAUGUGUACAUGCUGCUGGAGGCCUGCCUUGGAGGUGAAUUGUGGAGCUUGCUGAGAGACAGGGGCAGCUUUGAUGAAGUCACUACCAAGUUCUGUGUUGCCUGUGUGACAGAAGCUUUUGACUAUCUACAUCACAUAGGAAUUAUCUACAGAGACUUAAAGCCAGAAAAUUUAAUUUUGGAUGCUGAAGGAUAUAUCAAGCUGGUUGAUUUUGGAUUUGCAAAGAAGAUUGGAUCAGGGCAGAAGACUUGGACAUUUUGUGGAACCCCUGAGUAUGUUGCCCCUGAAAUCAUUCUGAGUAAAGGCCAUGACUGCAGCGUGGAUUUUUGGUCCCUUGGCAUUCUUGUGUAUGAGCUCCUGACUGGCAGUCCACCGUUCUCUGGGGCUGAUCAGAUGGUGACAUACAACUUGAUCCUCAAAGGCAUUGAGAAGCUGGACUUCCCCAAAAUAAUAACCAGGAGGCCUGAAGAUUUGAUCCGCAGACUCUGCAGGCAGAACCCUACAGAAAGAUUAGGCAAUUUGAGGAAUGGGAUUAAUGACAUCAAAAAACACAGGUGGCUGAGUGGUUUUAACUGGGACGGUCUGAAAGCGAGGAAAUUAACAUCGCCUUUAAAAAGAGAGUUAUCUGGACCAACUGAUUACAGCUACUUUGACAGCUAUCCACCUGAAGAAGGAACUCCUCCAGAUGAACUUUCAGGCUGGGACAAGGAUUUCUGAUCAUUAUCCUUUUUUUUCUCCCAGGACCUUUAUAGAGACUCAUAGGCAGCAGUUCUAAACCUGCUGUCUUGUUAACUGAACUGCUUAAAAUCAACUUACACGAGGUUUGUGAUGAACACAAUGUUCCCUGAAGGACAGAAGGCAGAACAGCAACCAGAACUGCUUUGGAUAAGCCACCAAAAUCUGUGUCCAUCUCUUUGACAAGAAGGAUGUGCAUUCAGCCAGCAGCUGUAACCUGGAGGGUUUUGAUACACAGUGUCUCUCUGAGCAUUUUGCAGGCAUCUGGCCCAGAGCUAUUGCUGUGCCAUUGGAAAUGUUUUCAUCUGAACAAGGUUACCACGUGUGUCUUCAUUAUGCACAGAGAGGAGGAGUGCUGGAAGCCAAUAACUGUGCCAUUUGUCAACAGCUGUCCUACAGGUGUUUGGUUUUCAUUCUAUCUUCAGUCUGCUGUGCUUCACUUUUCCCCUUGACAGCCAAUACUGCACUGAUCCAGAAAAGACUUCUGCUGAAAGGUCGAUCUGAUCUCAUCCUGCAGCUGAAGAAGUACAGCUGUGGAAGCUGCCUUGCCCUGUCCACCCUAGUUUUGCACCAGGUUGAAUAUGUGAGUCAGAAAUUGGAAUAGGAGAUGAAAAGGAAAAGAAGAGAGACUGAGAAACCUGGGGGGCAGUUUAGUCUGGAGAAGAGAAGACUGAGAGGAGAUCUGAUCAAUGUCUAUAAAUAUCUGAGGGCUGGGGGUCAGGGGGCUGGGGCCAAUCUCUUGUCGCUGGCACACAUCAAUAAGACAAGGAGCAACAGCUACAAAUUGGAACACAGAAGGUUUCAGCUCAACAUGAGGAGAAACUUCUUGACAGUGAGGGUGACAGAGCCCUGGAGCAGGCUGCCCAGAGAGGUUGUGGAGUCUCCUUCUCUGGAGACUUUCCAAACCCACCUGGAUGCAUUCCUGUGCCAACUACCUUGGCUGAUCCUGCCUUGGCAGGGAGGUUGGACUUGAUCUCUGAAGGACCCUUCCAAACUCUAAAGUUCUGUGAUUGUGUGAUUCUGUGGAGCAUUUCCCUAGUGAAGCAGCAUCCCAAACAGGUUCUGCAAUCUCCUUUGCAGGUUUUGAAGAGCCUGGAGCAAGCCAGUCUGAACCAGGCUUUGAGCAAGAGGCUGGACUAGAGACCUCCCAAGGUCUGGGUGAUUCCCUGGCUCUAGGAAUUACAUUUCUCAGUCAGCUGUUUGUGUAAUGAGAGUUUAGCACAAUGCAUCUUCCCCUAAGAGUUUAUAUGCACCUGAGCUUUGCCACUUAACCUCUAAACUGGCAGAGCAGGGAAGUUACUCUGUAAAGUUGAUUGGCUGAGAAAUGCAGUUGGAUGUUGUGCAUUCAGGGUGUGCACAGAGUGUUCUGUGCAGCAUUCAGUCCAAACAAAGGCAGUAGAAUUUUUUCCACUGAAUCUGGUGAAGAUUGGACUGAGGCCUUGGAGGAAGAUGCUGUGUGGCUUUUAGAAUCAUAGUAUCAGUCAGGGUUGGAAGGGACCACAAGGAUCAGCCAGUUGCAACCCCUCUGCCAUGGGCAGAGACACCUCACACUAGAUCAGGCUGGCCAGAGCCUCAUCCAGCCUGGCCUUAAACACCUCCAGGGAUGAGGCUUCCACCACCUGCCUGGGCAACCCAUUCCAGGCUCUCACCACCCUCAUGGUGAAGAACUUCUUCCUAACAUCCAGUCUGAAUCUACCCAUUUCCAGCUUUGUUCCAUUCCCCCCCAGUCCUAUCACCAUCUGACAUCUUAACAAGUCCCUCCCCAGCUUUCUUGUAGGCCCCCUUAAGAUGCUGAAAGGUCACUUCAGAGCCUUCUCCACUCCAGACUGCACAACCCCAGACUUUUAGAUGGUUUUAUUCCCCUGCCUGCUUGUUAACCUAGUGUGAAACUUGGCAGUCAGCAAAGCCUGUGCAAAACAGUCAUGAGCAAACCAGUCAGAGAGGGUGGAGCAGAGGCUGGGAGCUGGGGUUGUAGAUGCUUUAGAUACUCACAACCAACUCUCUUUAGCAAUACCAAAGACCAGAUUUCCUCUUCAGGAUCCAGGCAAGCCCCAGACAUUAGGUAUGUAUAUUGCUCUGUGUGUCUGUCUUCCUUUCUCUCUUACUGCAGUACAAAUAAUCUUGUGCCAAGGUUUAUAAAAAGCUUUUGAAUGCAUUUUUCUGUUGUAUUUAUAGAUGGUUUCAUAGAGAUGUAUUAAAAAAGAGGGUAUAUGUACUUUUUUAAGUGAAGAAAUAGCUGUAUGCUAAGUUAGUGUGGCUGACAUUAAGUCUGUGCAGCUGUAGGAUGUGUGUUCUUGACUUGGGUUUAGUGUGUGGAAGUAAAGGAAGUUUACAGUGCAG